CCAGGAUCAACUCCUCAGUCGGCAAUGCGUCGACCAGGAGGGCCGCAGAUACCUUCACAAGGUCCACCAAUGCAAUCUAGUCGUGUUUCGCAGCCUCUGCGGAAAAAGAAGAGAUAUGCUGAUAAGUUGAUUUCGCCACAGGUACGAGAGUUGGUUCCGGAGUCUCAAGCGUAUAUGGAUUUACUUGCUUUUGAGCAGAAAUUAGAUGCUACAAUCACUCGUAAGAAACUCGACAUCCAAGAAGCACUUAAAAGGCCGCAAAAGGUGAAGAAGAGACUUAGAAUCUACAUUUCCCAUACUUUCAUAGCGGGAAAGGAACCAGAGAAGGAAGGAGAAGAUGGCACUGUUCCGAUGUGGGAGCUUCGUGUUGAAGGAAGACUGAUUGAAGACCAGGUUGGUUCAAAAAUGACUUCAACCCUACUGUUGUUGGUUUUCAUAUGA